AUGAGUACAGAAAACUUUCGUUUUUACAUUAAAGUACGUACUGCAUUCAAUAUUCAAGCAAGAAUUAUUCAUGAUGAAUUGUAUUCUGUUUAUAGUAAUGAAGCUCCCUCUCUCAGAACAUUGGAAAGAUGGUCCAAACUGUUUCGUGAAGGUCGAGAAGAAAUUGAAGAUAAAGCACGACCUAGUAGACCUACCACUGAAACAACAUCUGAAAAUAUCGAACAGAUUCGCCUUCUUAUCGAUGAUGAUCCUUAUCUUACAGUAGAAGAGUUACAAGAGCAAACUAAUUUAAGCUAUGACACGAUCCAUCGAAUCAUCACCAGUUAUUUAAACCUUAGGAAGGUCACCGCACGUUAUAUACCCAAAGAUCUCACCGAUUUUCAACGGGCUGAACGAGUUCGAAUAUUUAAAGAAAAUUUAUCGAAAUUUCUACAAGGAGCAUGGCGAUUAUGUGAUAUAAUAACUGGUGACAAAUCGUGGUUUUAUCAUAAACAAAUUGGUCGAAAGUCAUCAAAUGCAGCGUGGAUGAGAAGAGGAGAUCCUUCACCUACUGUAGUUCGACAAAGUAUGCUCCAAGAAUCUGAUUAG